GAUUGAUUUACCGUGUACCUGAGGCGGGGACAGAACAUUUUUUAGCUUGUCAUUGUACAAACAGCUUAAGUAAAUUAAAGUAUGACGAAUCUGACCCCGUACUGAGUGAAAAAAAAAAAAUCGAGCGAUGAGUCUGAAGGACCUCUGAGCCGGGCAAAGUUCACAUAUAUCUAACCAUGCUAACGGUAAUUUCAGAACUGUGCGAUUGCUAACUAAAAUCUCCUGCUUCACACUCGAACCAAAGUUCGAUUCACCGGCAUCAUGUCUUUGCUUCGUACUGCCAUCUUGGUUGCUGUUACAGCAUGUCUUAUUGCCUACCUACCAGGGUACUUCAAGAAGCCACCACCGAUAGUCGUCCACGGCAAGGUAGCAAAGGGGUUCGAACCAGUUCUCCAGCAGUUCAGAAAGAACUUUGAAAGUGGCACAGAUACCCGUUAUGGAGGAUCAGCACUGGCCGUUUAUCAUAAAGGCAAGAAGAUCAUUGAUGUCUGGGGAGGAUUCGCCGAUGUAGAGAGUAAUGUAGAAUGGCGGGAAGACACGAUGACUGUCGUUUUCUCUGCGACAAAAGGUAUUGCUUCAAUUUGCAUCGCCAUGUUGGUUGACAGGGGUUUAUUAGAUUAUGAUAAACCUGUAUCAGAAUACUGGCCAGAGUUUGCACAGAAGGGAAAAGGAAAGGUCACCGUCCGACAACUCAUGGAACAUAGGGCUGGCCUGACUCUCAUGUCGCCGCCCGGUAUGAAUAUUGAAACCCUAAGUGAUGUAGCCCGAGCAGGGGAGUUAAUGGCGACGGCUGAACCUCAGUGGGAAAUUGAUGGAGUGAAACACGGUUACCAUGCCCUUACUUUCGGUCCUCUAACCAACGAGCUUCUCCGUCGAGUCGAUCCUCAACAUCGCACAAUGGGGCAGUUCUUUGCGGAAGAGAUUGCAAAACCUUUAGGUGGAUUGGACUUUCACAUCGGACUACCGUUGGAUCAGAAGUACAGAGUUGCUCGAUUGAUUGAAGGAAAGAUUGGGAGACUAUGGGGUCUAGACGAUCCUACUAUACGACAGAUGACAUUGCAUUUCUUGCGGACAUCAUAUUUCAGCAACAUGAAACAAAAUCAAGAAAGUAUCCUUUCCACACUGGCAUCUUUCAACAAUCCCUAUUUCCAAGCUGUUGAACUUCCCUCGGCGAAUGGUAUUGGGACGGCUCGGGCUGUCGCGAAGAUCUACGGGGUUUUAGCAGCCGGUGGUGUUGAUCCAGAAACUAAGACAAAGCUGAUGUCAAAGGAAAGGAUUGAUGCAUUCAUGAAUGCCGUUACUGUCACACCAGAUGAAGUAUUGGGUCUUGACUUAGCCCACACUUUGGGAAUGGUGACAACCAAGUAUGUAAUGAACGGAUCGAUAAUGGGAUUCGGUCAUGAAGGUGCAGGCGGUCAGAAGGCGUGGGCUGAUCCUAAGAACCAGAUCGGAUUUUCAUUCGUCAGCAACGCGCUGUCUCCUUAUACGUAUAACGGAGAUGUCAGGAGCCAAGAUAUAACCGAAAUUUUGUAUGAAUGCUUAAGAAAAGAGAAGUUGAUUUGAGGAUCUUUUGAAAUCUUGUGUAGUCUCCCCCACCCCAGCCCCCCAAAAGAUAAAUGAAUAAUAUGAUGACAUGAAAAUCAUUAAACAGCAGUUGACGAAAGUGCACAUUACUUCCAACAGCAGAUAAAUCGAAGACUGGUUCUGGGGGAUGUUUCACAAAGAUUUAAGCAAGACUUAAAGGACAAGUCCACCACAACAACAACAAAAAAUUCUAUAAAAAGAAAAAAAACCAAGCGUAACACUGGCAAUUUUACCAAAAGCGGAUGUAAAAUAAGGAAGUUAUGACAUUUUCAUGUUUGCUUAAUUAAAAAAAAAAGUUAUAUGCACAUCCUAGUCGGUAUGCAAAUGAGGGGACUGAUGACAUCACCAACUCACAGUUCUCUUUUGUAUUUAAUCAAACGAAAUAUGAAAUAUUUUAAUUUUCUACUCGUUGUCGUGUGAAAUAACGUUUUAUUCCUCCCUGAACAUGUGGAGGUGAUAAUGUUUAACACGUUGUGGUUUAGUUAAGUUUGUCAUUAUUGUCAAAUCUAUCAAAAAUUUAAUAUUGAAUAAUUCAUAUACAAUGAAAAAAAAAUUGUGAGUGAGGGACACCAUCUACUCUCUCAUUUGCAUAUAAUUGAGAUUUGCAUAUACGAUUUUGUGAAAAAAUAAGCGAAACUUUAAAAUGUCAUAACUUUCUUAUUUUACAUCCGAUUUUGAUGAAAUUUUCAGUGUUGUUCUAGUUUGAUUUUAUAUUGAUUCAAAUCAACUUUGUUUCUGGGGUGGACUUGACCUUUAAAGUCGCACUUGAAUACCGAGUUGCUAAAGGUAUGAAUGGCUUGACCGCGUCGAUCAGAUCGGUCAGACGCACACUACUACGUAUCUAUCAAUAAGAUCUCGCGUUGCAUAUCAUGUACCCGUCGGCAUUUAAGUGCGACUUUAAUAGAGGGAUGGUCCGGGCUGAAAAUAUUUAUAUCUUAAUACAUAGAGUAGAAUUCACUGAGCAAAAUGCCGAAAAUUUCAUCAAAAUCGGAUAACAAAUAAUAAAGUUAUUGAAGUUUAAAGUUUAGCAAUAUUUUGUGAAAACAGUCGUCAUGAAUAUUUAUUAGGUGGGCUGAUGAUGUCACACACCCACUUUCCGGUUUCUUAUGUUACAUAAAAUCAUAAUUAUUUCAUACUUGUGUGAAAAAUAUGUCUCCCUUAUAUUGAAAUAAGUUGCAGCAAUAAAUAUCUAAUGCACUAAAUCAGUUGUCAAUCCAAUGUUUCUAGUUCUUGGAGGAAAAAAAUUGAAUAAACCUAAUUUCAUAUAAUAAAAUACAAAACAAGUGGUGAUGUUACAUCAUUAGCCUACCUAAUGAAUAUUCAUGUCGACUGUUUUCACAAAUUAUUGCUAAACUUUGAAAUUCAAUAACUUUGUUAUUUGUUAUCCGAUUUUGAUGAAAUUUUUGGCAAUUUGCUCAGUGAAUUCUACUCUAUUUAUUAAGCUAUAAAUACUUUCAGCCCGGACCAUCCCUUUAAGUCAUACUUAAAUAUUUAUGAACCCCCCCCCCCCCUGGAAUCGACUUCUCUUUGAAGCUUACGAUUUCCUUGUAGUUCAUCAGAGACAUAUUAGUUUUUUUUUAUCCACUCUAACGAGAAGGAAAUUGAGGAGUAGAGAGAAGGAGACAAUAUCUCUAUGUAAUAAUUGCAAUCCUUUUGUGAUAUUGACAUCAUUUUUUAUGUGCCAUAUCUUUUAUAUUAAAGAAUAUUUGUUAAUGAAUGUACAUCGAUUUAAUUCAAAGAUAAUAAAGAGCGGAAAGUGAUUCUA